CGGGGCGUGCGGAGGCCCCGACGGCUCUCGCGGCGGGCUGUGAGGCCGGCCCAGCUAGUUGCAGCGAGCGCCCCCCGCGCCCCGCUCUGGCAGUCCCGGCGCCCCCGCCCCGCGCCCGCCAUGCCCGAGCAGCUCAGCGUCGCCGAGUUCCUGGCCGUCACUGCGGACGACCUCAGCUCCCCGGCCGGGGCCGCCGCCUUUGCCGCCAAGAUGCCCCGGUGCCGGGGGGCGGCACUGGCGCGGGAGGAGACCCUGGAAGGAGACCAGGCCAUCUUGCAGAGAAUAAAGAAGGCUGUGCGGGCGAUCCACAGCUCCGGCCUUGGCCAUGUGGAGAAUGAGGAACAGUACCGAGAGGCUGUCGAGUCUUUAGGCAACAGCCACUUGUCCCAAAACAGUCAUGAGCUGUCCACUGGCUUCCUGAACUUGGCCGUGUUCACCCGCGAGGUGGCUGCACUUUUCAAGAACCUGGUUCAAAACCUGAACAACAUCGUCUCAUUCCCCCUGGACAGUCUGUUGAAGGGGCAGCUGAGGGACGGGCGACAGGAUUCCAAAAAGCAGCUGGAGAAGGCGUGGAAGGACUACGAAGCCAAAAUGGCCAGGCUGGAGAAGGAGAGGGACCGGGCCAGGGUGCCAGGAGGGAGCCCCGGGGAGGUGGCCCAGGACACGCAGAGAGAGCGACGUGUCUUCCAGCUGCACAUGUGUGAGUAUCUGCUGAGAGCCGGGGAAAGCCACAUGAAGCAGGGUCCUGACUUCCUGCAGAGCCUCAUCAAAUUCUUCCACGCCCAGCACAACUUUUUCCAAGAUGGCUGGAAGGCGGCUCAGAGCCUGUCCCCCUUCAUCGAGAAGCUGGCAGCCUCUGUGCAUGCGCUGCGUCAGGCCCAGGAGGGGGAACUACAGAAGCUGACCCGGCUCCGGGACUCCCUCCGAGGGGCCCUGCAGCUCGAGAGCAGAGAGGAGAGUCUGAGCCGGAAGAACUCGGGAGGUGGAGGCGGCUACAGCAUCCACCAGCACCAAGGCAACAAGCAUUUCGGGACAGAGAAGGUGGGCUUUCUCUACAAGAAGAGUGAUGGAAUUCGAAGAGUCUGGCAGAAAAGGAAGUGUGGAGUCAAGUAUGGCUGCCUGACCAUCUCCCACAGCACGAUAAACCGGCCCCCAGUGAAGCUGACCCUGCUGACAUGCCAAGUGAGGCCAAACCCUGAGGAGAAAAAGUGCUUUGACCUGGUGACCCACAACAGGACAUACCACUUCCAGGCAGAGGAUGAACAUGAGUGUGAGGCGUGGGUGUCAGUGCUACAGAACAGCAAGGAUGAGGCCUUGAGCAGUGCCUUCCUCGCGGAGCCCAGCGGCGGCGGCCCGGGGCCCUGCGGGGGCGCCGGGCUGGACGGGGAGCCCCAGGACCUCACGAAGCUGCUCAUCGCCGAGGUGAAGAGCAGGCCCGGGAACGGCCAGUGCUGCGACUGCGGGGCUGCAGACCCAACGUGGCUCAGCACCAACCUGGGCGUGCUCACCUGCAUCCAGUGCUCCGGCGUCCACCGCGAGCUGGGCGUGCGCUUCUCGCGCAUGCAGUCCCUCACCUUGGACCUGCUGGGCCCCUCCGAGCUGUUGCUGGCCUUGAACAUCGGAAACACGCGGUUCAAUGAGGUCAUGGAGGCCCAGCUGCCCUCACAUGGCGGCCCUAAACCCUCAGCUGAGAGUGACAUGAGCACGCGCAGAGACUACAUCGUGGCCAAGUAUGUGGAACACAGGUUUGCCCGCCGGUCCACACCGGAGCCUCAGAGACUCCGGACGGCCAUUUGCAACCGGGACCUCCUGUCAGUACUGGAGGCCUUCGCUAACGGGCAGGACUUUGGACAGCUGCUGCCUGGGCCGGAGGGGCAGGCACCUGGAGAGCUCGCCCUGCACUUGGCCAUCAGAGUCGCCAGCCCCACCUCCUUGCCCCUGGUGGACUUCAUCAUCCAGAAUGGAGGUCACCUGGACGCCAAGGCUGCUGACCGAAACAGCGCUCUGCACUGGGCUGCUCUCUACAACCAAGCUGACUGCCUCAAGCUGCUGCUGAAAGGGAGAGCAUCGAUUGGCACAGUGAACGAGGCAGGAGAGACAGCUCUGGACAUAGCCAGGAAGAAGCAGCACAAGGAGUGUGAGGAGCUGCUGGAGCAGGCCCAGGCCGGGACCCUUGCCUUCCCCCUGCACGUGGACUACAACUGGGGACUCUCCACUGAGCCUGGCUCUGACAGUGAGGAGGACGAGGAAGAGAAGCGCUCCCCUCUGAAGCCCCCAGCCCAGGCCUGCUGGGCCAGCGGGAGGGUCGACCUCAGCAACAAAACCUAUGAGACCAUCGCCAGCCUGGGAUCAGCUGCUCCUCAGAGCCAGAGUGAGGCCUGCCCCCCACCCUUGCCGGUCAAAAACACUUCUCGGACCAUGGUCCAAGGGCGUGCAGGACAUGCCAGUGGAGAUCGUUCUGAAGUCCCCAGCCUGAGCUCAGAGCUCUCCGCGGCCCCUGAGAGCCUAGGCAGUCCAGCCUCCACCCCAUCCAGCCUCACGAGCCCUGUGGACACUGCGGGUCCCACCCAAACCCCGCCCAGCUCUGAGGAGGGCCCCUCCCGACCCAGCCUGCCAUCUGGAACCACCCCUGCGGAGACGUACCCCCCGGUCAGGUUCAGCUCCGAGAGCACUCGCUCCUAUCGGCGGGGUGGACUGGAGCCUGGAAGACUGUCCCUCAGCCAGGCAGCCUCUGCCCACAAGGAACAUGCCGGUUGGCUUCACUGAGGAGAGGGCUCCAAGACAGGGGUUCUCCUGGAAGCUCUGUGCAGCCUUUGCAAGGCUAGCUCCUUGCAUGCCUGAACUCACCCCACGUUGGACCCCAAUGUUCAGAGCUAGGACUUGAGCCCGCAAGACUGGGGAGCUGAGGUGUCCAUUCCCUUGGGUCUUGCUCUGUCUGUCCCUUGUGCCUCUGUGGCUGGCCUUCCUCCCUGCCGUGGGCCUGUGACCCCUCCAAGGGUACGGACCCCUUCCAUGUUAGGGCUAAUGGCAAUUCCUUCCCCUCUGUCCCACCACCGCCCAUGGAGCCCUAUGGCUGGGUCUGAGAACUCAUGAGCUAGCUUUAGCUGCAGAACCCUCAAUCUCUCACCAGACCACAAUGUUUCUUCCAUCAGCCUGGGGGCUCCCUAAGAGUAGGACCAACCCACCUCCAUCUUCCAGACCAGAGAUUCCGCCAGCCAAGGGGCUGCCUUCUCGGUCAUUCAUUGGUCUAGUAUUCCUUUACUGAGUUCCUCUCUAUGUCCAGAUGCCACAUGAGUAAGACAAGGGUCUUCAUUCAUUGGUCUAGUAUUCCUUAACUAAGUUCCUCUCUAUGUCCAGAUGCCACAUGAGUAAGACAAGGGUCUCGCAGAUGUGGUCCCUUGCUGGGACGCUGAUCCCAAAGGCUGGGCUUGGGAAUGGGCAGGGCUAGAUUCCAGGGGAUGGUCCUGGGCCCAUCUGCUGCCUUACCCCGAUGGGACACUGCAUUGUCUACAGCUCGCAUCCAUUCUGGUUGGCCAGCGCUCAUGCGGUACUGGCUGUUAAGUAAAUACUCGCUAGCACUCCUUUCAAGGGAUGGCACAGCCCUCCCGGGGACCUGCUCUAUUCCCCAGUCAGGAAGUAGACUAGGAGUAACCCCCGUUUGCCUAUUCUCCUUGAUGUAGCAGGAAGGAAAGUUCUGGGAUGAUUGACCUUCCCUUCUCUCCUUUUUCUUUGGUCAACUCAGGAGCCUUCCAGUCUUGGGGGUGGAAAGAGCUAAGAAAGGAGGAAGGAGAACAACAGGAACGGGAAGGCAGGGGCUAAAGGUUCUGCUUCCCAGUCCCAGAAGUGCCACCGUGACUGUCAGCCCCAUAAUAGAGAACAGGUACAGCUAAGCCAUCAUCAAUCUCUAACACAGUUUUAUGGGCACCGGGCGCUGGGCCCUGGCAGGGAUGGGCCAGGCCAGACAGGAGAGGCCAGAGGGUGCCAAUGGCCAACGAAGCAGUCUGGCCCGGGAGGCUGGGCUGUUUACCCUGGAGACCUGACUGGUCUGGGAUCCUACAGGAACGGGUUGUCUUCUGGGCCUCCAGCGUCUGGUUUUAUUCAUCUCAGCCUUGUUAUCUCACUCAUCUCUAAUAAAAUAUUUUUUUGGAUUAAAUUCCAGUGGUUUCAUUUGUGGGAUCUGAAGAACAAUAGGGAAGGGGUGGAAAUCCUAGGGCCUGGGAUUCUCUCUCUGGAUCCACUAAGGAAGACGCCUGGUUUGAAGCUGCGCAAACAGAGGUUUGCAAGCAGGGCUGGUUUCACCCCAGGGGAUGUUUGGCAAUGCAGACUUUUUUUGACUGUUCCAACUGGAGGGUGCUACUGGCAUCUAGUGGCUAAAGGCCGGGGAUACCAUCCUCCAGUUCACAGGUCAGCCCCCACAACAAC